AAAAUAAACAUAUGAGAAAAAAGUAAGCAAGUGAAAUGAAAACAGCACAAUUAUUAUGAACAUGUUUUAAAAUUGAUGUAUUAUUGUACAUUGUCUGUUGUUAAAGGUUUUAAACUUGCUAGAAGAAACUUAAAUAGUGUGUUAAAGUGCUUAACACAUAAUGGAGGAAAUUCAAAAGAAGCUGUUAGCCGAGUCGGAUAGUUUCAAAAUAGCUCAAAAAGAUUACCAAAAGGCAUUGAGUCAGAGACAGCAGCUAGACGCCCAACUUAAUGAGAAUAUGGUGGUCAAAACUGAGCUGGAUCUGAUGAAGGGUGAGGGAGAAGUUUUCAAACUGAUUGGGCCAGUGCUGGUCAAACAGGAGCUGGAGGAGGCCAAGCAGAAUGUUGCCAAGCGAAUUGACUAUAUCAGUGGUGAAUUAAAGAGAAUAGACAAUAACAUAGCAGCGAUGGAAACCAAGGUAGAAGGACACAGGGAGAGAUUAAGCAAGCUACAGACUCGGCUGCAGCAAGAACAAGUUAAAGCGGCUCUUAAAGAGUAGACAGUAACAUCCAUCUUUGUUCCAUUGCCUCAUUUUCAAUUUUUUUUUUUAUUUUUUAAGAUGUAAUAUACUAAUAUUAUUAAUAAAUUAUAUAACUAAUA